CUUUCUCCAACCUCCAUGGAUGUGGGGGGGGAAAAAAGAAGUAAACCACAGUUGAGAUUAUGAUUGAUUGGUUUUUGGGACCGAAAUACAAAAAAAAAAUAAUAAUCAGGGACAGUGGUGACAUGUUUUUGUUGUUUGAUGAUAAUAGAUCAACAGAUUAAUAGAAGCAAGAUAUUCCCCAUCCAUGGCCUUAUUUAAGAAACUGUUUGACGUUGUCAGCUUCAAGAAUGAUUAGUGGUGAAUUCUUCUAACUUUCAAUAAUUAUCCGUCUAAUCUGAAAAAUCACAUACCGUUGUUGAUAGCAUUAGCUAAUUUAGCAUUUUUUAAUUCGUCCGUUCACAACGUGUAAUGUAUCUUUUUCAGUAAUUAUGAGCUAAUUCAGCAUUUUUGUCAUUACUCCCUUUACAACAUGAUGUGUAUUUUUUGGGCUUAUCAUAUGCUGUUUUAGCAUUUUUUUAAAUUAUUUUUUUGUCAGUCAGCCCACAAUGUGUGGUGAUUUUUUUUCAGUUGUUAUCAUUAGCUAUCUUAUUUAGCUUUUUGUUGUUGUUGUCUUGAGCUAAUUUAGCUUUUUUGUGUUAGCAUAAAAGCCUGAGCCAACGUGAGCUCGGUAGCUCAAGUUAAAACGUCGAGAGAGAAAAAAAAAAUCUAACUUUUUUGUUGUGCUAUUUCACGAGAUGUCCUGCGACAAACGUAUGAAUCUGUGGGAAAAGCCCAAUCCAUCUCUCAGUAGGAGCGUCAAUCUGAAGGAGUGGACCAUCAUGUCUACUGCAAAGGAUGAUGCUUCAGAUGAGCAGUUCUCAAGUGAUGUUGCAGUGCUCCAAAAGAGUCUCAAAAAUGCCUUGGCCAAGAACCACCAGUGGCUGGCUUAUGACCAGCAGCGAGAAGCCUACGUUAGGACAGUCGUGGACAGAAUGCUGUGGCUGGACAAGCAGCUGGACCAGGCCGUCCGGGCCCAGUUAUCGCAGCACAAUAAGGAGCAUUCAGAGGCAGAGGAGAGAGUAAGCCAGAUGAAGGAGCACUUUGAAAGCCUGGUGGUGAUUGGUCGAGACAACCUGGUGAUACUCAAGCAGCAGCUCGACGUCACCCUCCAUGACCUGGCAAACGCCAAAAUUAGGUACGAGGAAAAGGAGAUUGAAGCCAAUGACCUCAUGCAGCAGCUCCAGCGUUGCGCCGUGGAGAAAGAGCAGAUGAUGGACGAGAUGAAAGCGCUCCAGUGGAAACUGGACGAGGAGACGCGGCGCACCGCUAAUUUGGAGAAACAGUCAGCUGGGAUAGGCUCCAGCAGACCCACGACCCGAGUGGGGAUAAGCGGUAUGGAGAAUGGAUGGAUGGAUGGAUACUCACCCUUUAAUGACCCGGGACAGCAGUGCAGUGACAAGUCAACUCAGAGGACGGAAGGAAGGAAAGAGUUCAGAAAAGGAGGGAUUGUGGGGACAAAGGAAACAAGAGAGAAAAGUUUGUUCCAGCGAAAGAAGGAUGAACGUAAGUCUUCUCUCUUUCAGAGCUUCAUGAUAAAGCGCAAUAAUGCCAGCCAGGACAAGAUCGCAGACCUGGAGGGACAGGUCCAUAGUUCCUCCCAGGACCUUGAAGAUGAAAUGGAGAACUGUUCGUAUUUGAAGAGACAGCUGGUCAGAGUUGUCAAUAUGCUGCGAAGAAGCGACGACCAACUGGCAUUCUAUGAAAAGAGAAAGCAGCGGGAGGAAGACUACAGGAAGGAGGAGGAGGAGCCUAUCUAUGUAGAAAUGAAACCCUGCUGGACAUCAUCACCCAAUGACAGUAGCUUGGAUAGAAGCUCCCUGGACUGCCCCCGUUGUCAGAUCCGGUGUCCUAUCAGUCAGUACCGGCAGAUGAUGGACCACCUGGAAGUCUGCCUCAACUGAGCCAAGCCUCAAACACCCUGAGGUUUUCCAACUCUUCACGUUGUGAGUUGUUCAAGUUUGGAUGCGCACCCACUAUCUUCUCUUGUGGUCUGUUCGUGCGCUUUAGUUAUCAGUUAAAAAAUGUAUAAAUCAAUUCAUGUGACACUUUGACAUGCUAUUCCUCACACUGAUCAGAUCAGAUGAAUAGCUCAAAACAACUUGUCUCAAGUAAUCCCUUUUCGGGACUGUUUAAGGGCACAGAUUGUUGCGAGCCAACAAUAUGGGACAAUGACUGGGCAGGCAGUGGUGCAUCACGCGUUAACAACGUAGCUCCUCAAUCAAAUAGAGGCAACAAUAAUGUAUGUUUUAUUAAUAAAUUGAUAAUAUUGCCACUGUCCAAUGUAAACCACAUGUUCAGAAUUUUUUUUUUUCUUAAUAAAAAGGAAACACCUGCUGACACUAGCAA